CACAAUUUUCAUUCAGUCCACACAAGCCGAACUGGCAAGAGCACAAGCUCCAGUAAAAAGUGAAAAAAUUAAAUUUUCUAAAUCAAAGAAAACAAAACCUAGUAAAAAGUCGAAGUGAUUUAUAAUUUAAAAGUGCCUUUCAACCCGCGUCGCAAAUAUGUCGAUCUUCGACAAUCCCGAGCAGCUGCGGCAGUUGCAAAACUUGCUGAAUCCCAACCAAAGGAGACCCGGGGUUGAGUACAGCAGCAGCGAGGAUGAGGAGGACUCCAUGGUGGUCAACAAGAUGACUCCUGGUGGCAUUGGGCCUUCCAAGACUCCAGGUUUCUCCACCAAAGCAAAGAGUAAAAAGAAACCAAAUCCUUUGCAUACGCCCUUGGUGGAGGAGCAAAAGAAACAGCCGGAGAACCUGGAAGAAUGGCAGCUGCAGCAGGAGAGGGAGGACAAUGACAUCCUCGACUCUCGGAAGACACCCGAGUAUACGAUGACCUACCGACAGGCAGUCGGCACAGAAGAUGUGUUCCUCCAGAUGGGUAAUCGGACGGGUGCUUCCGCCAGCUGUGAAGAUCUCAUAAUGGAGAUCUCCCUGCCGGACGAAUCAAUGGCUGCCGAUAAAAUGUCGCUGAGUCUACAGGAAACGGAAGUGGAUCUGGGCACCUGUUUGUACCGCUUGCGGCUCCCACUGCCCCAUCCUGUUGACGUGGACAGAUGCCACGCCAAGUACGACAGCGAGGAGAGGAAGCUCAGGCUUACUCUGCGGCUGAAAAGGGAGUUGGACUUCGUUAACUUCUAGGAGAGAAACGAAAGAGUUACACGGUCGAGUACCAUUUUUAAAUACCCUUUCCACGAGGCGGUAUAUACUCUACAAAUCAAAAGAGGUUCAUUUGCACUAACACUUUUACAAGACGACAAACAGCGGCAGUAGUGAGAAUAAUAUUUCCUACUACCAAGUACCCAAGCAUCCGAAGUAGUUUUCAGAAGAGAAGUUUAAUCAAUCCCCAUUGACCCCUGAUGCCCAACAAGCAAUACCCAGCAACAUUACAUUCUAGAAAACCAGAAACUGCAAUUACAUUUCCAUAUAAAAAAUAUUUCAGAUCAGGACUUGUUCCCAGGCCCCGUCGAGAAUCCCCUGCACCCGAACCAUUGCCACCAACAGCUCCAAAGAACAUCAUCAACAGAAGAAGUUUUAAGAAUAAAAUAAAUAAUAACGGGGGACCCUUAAACACACAAGAAAUUCCCAGCAGCAAUACAUUAGCAAUAUCACUUUUACAAGACAGAAAACAUUUCCAACCGCGGCAGCAGUUUUCAGUAACAACUAAAGAAGUCCACAUUAUGAACAAUUCAGUAACUAUUAAGAUUUUGAAUCUAUAAUUUAAAAAAACCUGCAGAACUUAAAGCAAUCCUUAAUCCCCACUCCCGUCAAAGAUCCCUGAAUUCCACAACACUUACGAGGCAAUCAACAUACACUUAAACCAUAAACAAUGUAAUUCAAAUCAUAAAGAUAGAAUAUCUGCAUCAGUCUCCUGUCUCUUGGUCGCAAAGUAAUUCCCAGUAACACUGCAUUCACAAUAUAACUUUUACAAAAUUAAGAGCAGCAUAAGAGCAUAAGAACAUCCAUUAACAAUCGCAUCAUCAAUCAAAACAAGAACAUCAACAGUAGCAGCAGUUCCAAAAUGUCACAGUAAAAAUAUUACACACAAGCAGCAAAUCUGAAAUCAGCACCAAUCCGAUCCGUAAGAGCAAUCAAAAUUCAUCAUCAUCAGUAGCAGCCUUAUACUAGAUCCCAUCUAAAUUUAUAUAUUAUAUGUAUAUAUAUAUAUUACCACCAGCAGCUCCAAAGAACAUCAACAGAAGUAGUUUUAAGAAGAAUUAAAUGAAUAAUACCCUGUAUCCCGAUUACAAACAAGCAAUUCCCUGUCUCCCGAAAAAAAAAGUUCAAUCAAUCCCCCUGACCACUGAUCACCAAGAAGCAAUAAUAGCAACCAGAAACUCCAAUUACAUUUCCACAUUCAAACUACUGCAGAGCAAUCCUUGUCCCCUGGCCCAGUAGAGCACACCUUGCAAAAAACCAAAUAUAUGGAAAGGCGGCCCCAAAGAAAAGUCCCGAUCCCGAUCACAAACGAUCAAUUCCCAGCAGCAAUACAUUAGCAAUAUCAUUUCAAUCUAGCCUUGACCCCCAACAUACAUAAACCAUGCAUAUCCAAGGUUACUUCCAGUAAUUUAGAUCAUUACCAGCAACAACAUCAGUCACCUGUCUCUUGGUCGCAAAGUAAUUGCCAGCAACACUACAUUGAAAAUAUAACUUUUACAAAAUUAAGAGCAGCAGUUCUAUUGAAAAGAUCAAAUAAUUAUCAAGUCAAAACAAGAACAUCAACAGUAGCAGCAAUACAACUUACAAAACGGAGAAACAGCAGCCAGCAGUUCCAAAUAGUCACACCUAUUAGCACUGCAAUCAACGGUCAACAUCUUUAGCAGCCUAACAUUAAAUCCCAUUUGGCAUAAUUUCCUUAAAGCAAAAGGACUAUAAUCAAGAAAGCACUGCAGUAUAAUACGUUAAUAAUAAUAAUAAUGGAAAGGAAAUCAUCAGCCGCAGCCUUAGACCAAACAACUAUAAUCAAGAAAGAACUGUAUUAUAAUUUUAAUUUCUAAAUACGAUAAAUUUAUAGUGUAGUAAAAGUUUGGAAAUAAAUGUAUCAA